CCAUGACAGAAUAUAAAAAGCCCAUGCAUAACGGACAAGUGGACAUAACUGUGCUUUAUAAAUUGCUGUUUAUUUCUUGUUAUUUAUAAGAGUCAUGGAAUCAGAAACAAUUGAGAUGGCAGCUUUAGGAAGACCUCUGCAUCCUGGUAUGCUUUACGACUGCCGAAAAGAUUCAUUCAUUCCAGGUGUUACUCUUUGGGAUAAAAAAUUGUUGGUUGAAGUGGACACUCAUUCACAGCUUCAUACUGAUUUGAAGUUAAGUAGCGCUGACUCUCUCUCUGAUAAGUGCAGUCUCCUGAAUGUAAGUGCCUCACUGAAAGCCAGCUUCAUGAGUGGGAUGGUGGAGGUUGGGGGAUCUGCCAAGUAUCUGUAUGACAACAAAUCCUCAAACCAACAGUCCAGAGUAACAAUGUAUUACCAAGAAACCACAAGAUUUGAACAGCUCACUAUGUCCCAGCUUGGACAUAUCACCUACCCUCAGGUAUUUGACCAGAAAACUGCAACUCAUGUGAUCACAUCUGUGCUAUACGGAGCUCAGGCCUUCAUGGUGUUUGAUCGAACAUUCUCACAUGAUGACAACAAGCAGAAGAUUGAAGGGGAACUGAAUGUAAUGGUCAAGAAGAUGUCUUCUUUUUCCAUUGAUGGGACAGGAGCUGUAGAAAUGAAAGAGGAUGAGAUAAAAAAAGCUGAGGACAUCAGCUGCACGUUUCAUGGUGACUUCCAUGUUGGGCAUCUUCCCACCACAUACAUGGAGGCAUUGGACGUGUACAAGAAGCUUCCCACCCUGCUGAAGGAAUAUCCACAGAAUGUGAUUCCAAUAAAAGUCUGUCUCUAUCCUCUUUCUCUGUUAAAUGAAAAAGCAGCUCGUCUGGAGAGAGAAAUCAGCACAAUUCGGGUGUCCAACAUUGAAACUGUAAUGAAUGAGCUGGAAGGAAUACAGAGAAGAUACAAUGACCUGUUCAGAAAUACACUGGUACAUGUUUUCCAUGACAUUAAAGAGAGGCUUUGCACAUUCCAAAGCUCAUUUAGCAUUUACAAGCUGGUUUUAGAGAAAGAACUGGGCAGAGUCUUGCCUGCUAUUCGAGGUGGAGAAAACGAGCAGUCACUGAAAGAGAUCCUGAAGAUUCACAACGAAUCCCCUUUCUGUGCCAACAGGCUUAACCAGUGGUUAGAUGACACAGAGUCUGAACUUAACCUCUUGAGUUCCUACACCAAAUCUGUAAAUGGGAUCAAAAUUAAAGACUCAAAUGGUCUGAAAACCAUCCUCCUUAAUCCUGAUAUUGAUGUAGUGGUCUGUUUGGCCUUGACAUGUCUGAAAUAUGAAGACCCAUAUCUUCUAACUCUGAAUGCAUUCCUGAAAUCUGGGUUUAAAGAGCAAGAUGAAAAAAAAGCUUUGCCAUCUUUCCCAAAGUGGUUCAAAAAGCCAGACAUCGUUGCAAAGAUGAGAGAGAACUUGUCUAACUUCAAACGCUUUUCACAGGCCAAUAAAGACAAAACGAGAAUGUGCUUUACUAUUUCUGCCAUCUCUGAUCCCUCCAGUCCAGGUUCCUCCAUCUAUUUAUAUGAACAAGGCAAUCUGAUGAACAAACAGUUUCAGCCUUCAACGCCCAAACCACCCCAACCCAUAGUGAGGAGCGUCAAUGCAAACACUGUGUCCAUGAUACUACAGCCCCUAAGUGAAGAAACAGUGCAGUUCAGGGUGGAAUACAAGGAGGUAAAACUAAAAGAAAAAGAAAAAGAAGAGUGGCUUGUCAAAAACACAACUGAUGAAAACUUUACUCUGACUGCAUUGGAGUCUGGAAAGCAGUACUUGAUCUGCUACAGGAUAGUGGGUAAAAUGGCAAUGAGUGAAGCAAGUGAUACUGUCUCUGUUCAACUGUCUCCAGGUUAUCCUGUGAUUGUGGGUAGGAAAGGCAGUGGUAAAUAAAGAUAAGAUACAACAUUCAAGGGAUCAGCAUUUCUUACCAAAAGCAUGACACCUUGUCCACCAUCCAGUUGAUUUUCAGCAAUGGCCAGAAUAUUAAAAUUGGUAACAGAAAAUAAACUAUAGAAGAAGAAUUUGUGUUUGAGGAUAAUAAAAAAAUGCUAGCUGUAACUCUGUGACCAAAUAAAAAAAUAAAGUUGAGGGGUUUGAAAUUUGUUGUUGCAAGAAGUACAGGUAAACAAGUAGUGUCCUCUGUCAAGUCUAUGUUACUGGGUGAGCCUGUGAAACUUGAUGUAAAGUCAGGAAGAUGUUACGGCAUUACAGGGAGAAGUGGAUAUGAUUUUGAUGCUUUGGGUUUGUAUUUUAUUUAAAUGCAUCCAGCUAUAGUAACAGUAUUCAAAAAGGCUUUUCUUCUGUAUUAAACAUGUAUUUUCUUAGAUUAAUCUACAACGCUUAGCAUAAAUGUGAAAGUUAUGAUGUCCUCAAUGAAUUGCAGCUCCCCAACGUCUGCCGCGCUUAUGCAAUUCCGCACAGGAAUACUGCCUCCACCAUGCUUUACUGUUGAUAGCAUGCACUGUUACAUUGUACUCCUCACCUUUAAGAUGCUGCCAUCAGAGCCAAAUACAUUAAUCUUUGUCUUAUAACUUCAUAGCUCUUGUAUAGCUCAGUGGUAGAGCAUUGUGUUAGCCAAGAUCAUGGGUUCGAACCCAGUGAACACACAUAAUGAUAUAAGAAAUGUAUACCUUGUAAUGCACUGUAUGUCGCUUUGGAUAAUAGUGUCUGCCAAAUGCAUGAAUGUAAAUGUACUAUAGAGUCCUAAAAGUCUUUGCUUUUUCAACAUCUGGCAAAUUCCAGACAGCUUACUUUGUUUACAACAGCCAUGCAUUCCACUCCUCUGCAGUGUACAUCAUAUAAUCUCAGAGGGAAACUAGAGAUGUUUGAAGUUAAACUGAAGUUGUUUGCAUCUUUGAUAUUUCUGUAAUAAAAUGAAGUUAAUGUAAAAGAUUAUAAAAUUAAACCAGUAAUAUCUGGCAUAAUUGUAUUGGUUAGCAAAUGCAUGAACAGAAAACUUUAAUGACAAACUUGGACAUCCAACACGUAUCAAAAAACCUCAACAAUGGUGACAAUGAUAAAAAUUAUUCAGAUAAACAUAACAACUGCAAUGCAUGCUGAGAGUCUUGGUUGAGUUUCAUAUGCUGAUUGUUGAUGUAUCAGUAUGUAUAACCAAUAAAGUAAUUAAACUGAAACACUUUUUGUUUUAUAAUUGGAGAAUACUGUAGCUGAUCAUGAAAAUGGCUAAACACAUUGCUAAAAUGAUCAGAAAAAUAUAAACAUUAAAUCCAACAGUAGAGCGACCAACUAAAGAAAACACUAAUAAUUCCAACUAAGGAUUUAAUAAACUAUCAACAUAUGUGUAACGUGUCCUGUCCCUGUGUAACCUGUGUUUUAUGGCGCUUUUCCAUUGCAUAGUUCCCCACGGCUUAGUUUAGUUUGGGUCAGGUCAGCUCACCUCACUUUGGCGUGGUUAGCUUUUCCAUCGAGUUUAGUAUCACUUCGCAGUGCCAGGGAUUAUAGGCGUGUUGUUAUAUUUACGCUGCCUACUGCUGUGACAUCAUACACGUGAGAGCGUUGUUGUACAUUCCCAUCCAUUCAUUUAUUUCUCAGUCUGCCACAAAAUUAAAAUUGGCCACCACAAAUAGAUGUUUGCACAUCGCGUUUAUCAGUAACGUUACCUCUGUCUCACAUGACAGUUUCUGUUCAAACACCCGACCCGUGGCGUCAGUCGACGGCGCUCUGCUGAGCCUCAUUCAAGUUGCAUUUAAGCAUAUAUAAUGCGGACGUGCACGUCGCGAAUGUGCCGCCACAAACUCCAAGUCUGGAAAAAACUGUUAUGGUGUCCCGGAUUCUCAACCUGUGGAUGUUUUUCCUCGCUAAAAGGGUGUUUGGAAACUUAUAGCAGAACACAGAUAACAACAUGUUUGCUUGAGACAGCGCAAGCUAGCAGUAAGCUAAAGCUAAUAUUUACAUUAUAGCGAUGACACUUCUCUCAGACCAAUCAGUGACCUACAGUGUUUUCGCGUCACGUUUGGUAUCAGCUCGGGUCGCUUGGAACCCCAACCGAGGUGGUACGAAAAAAAAGAUAUCGGAUACUACGUACUGCACCCAAUGGAAAAGUUCCCAAAAGUAAGCUGACCCAACCCAAACUAAACCAAACCAAACCAAACCGUGGGGUACUAUGCAAUGGAAAAGCGCCAUUAGUCUGCCCUGUUUCCCCAUGUUGAUUAGUGUCUCUGCCCCCAUGUUUAUUGCCAUGGACAUUCAUUGAAUUCAUGCUCCACCUUGUUUGUUGUCAUAGUUACUCAUUAUUUAUGUUUUGUUAUUGGUUCUUAUCAUGUAUAUAUAUACUCUGUCAGUUCACACUAUGUUUGUUGGCCAAUGUCGUAUAUU